AUCGCCUUGUCGCGUUUGCAUUUCCAAACCAGCGACAAGGUCCGCGAUAAUCGCUUGCCCGCCUUAUUUGUUCAGUGUAUACACUACAGCUCUUAAACCUUUCCCUCCUCUAAUCCAGCCACCGUCUUCGGUUAACAAUGGCUUCACUGAUACUUCCAAUCUUCUCAUUCAACACUUCUUCCCCGAACAGCAGUAGUAACCCUCACCGCCGACUCGUCUUCAUCCGCAGGACCAUGAAGGUGAAAUGUUCUUCCGCCGACCAAUAUCAACAGCGGAAACAUAGAGAAACGGAACAACCAAACCGACAACAUAAACAGGCGGCGUACAAGAGACUUGCUCUUGACGACGAGAAGGGAGUUGACCCAACUGGGUUUCUCACCAAGAACGGCAUUACCCACAAGCUGUUCGCACAAUUUCUGCGAGAAAGGUAUAAGCAGUUGAUAGACCUCAGAACUGAAAUCUUUACUCGCUUCCUGAAUCUGAGUCAAUUGGCUUCUGGAUUUCAAUAUGUUGGCAUGCACCGGAAUGUGCAACACCGUGUGGAUUACAUGGACUGGGCACCAGGUGCUCGCUAUUGCUCUUUGGUUGGUGAUUUUAACGAAUGGUCUCCAACUGAGAACUCUGCUAGAGAGGGUCAUUUUGGACAUGACGAUUAUGGGUAUUGGUUUGUUAUCCUUGAAGAUAAACUGAGAGAUGGACAAGAACCAGACAGGUUAUAUUUUCAGCAAUAUAAUUAUGUAGAUGACUAUGAUAAAGGUGACAAUGGAGCAACUGCUGAAGAAAUAUUCCAGAAAGCAAAUGAUGAUUACUGGGAACCUGGAGAAGACCGCUAUAUAAAAAAUCGUUACGAGCUUGUGACAAAAUUAUACGAGAAAAUGUUUGGCCCAAACGGGCCUCAAACAGAAGAAGAAUUGGGAGAUAUCCCUGAUGCUGAAACUAGAUACAAGGAAUGGAAAGAACAAAACAAACACAGUCCUCCCGACCACUUACCUGCGUAUGAUGUGAUUGACGAUGGAAAACAACACGAUCUUUUGAACAUAGUGAAUGAUCCUGUUUCAGCUGCAAAGUUUCGUGCUAAGAAGCCUCCUCUUCCAUAUUGGUUAGAGACUCGUAAAGGGAGGAAAGCUUGGCUUGAAAAAUAUACUCCUGGAAUUCCUCAUGGAAGCAAAUAUAGGGUUUAUUUUCAGACUUCAGAUGGGCCUUUGGAACGUGUUCCUGCUUGGGCUACUUAUGUUGUCCCAGAGGGUGCGGGAAAACAAGCAUUUGCUGUCCAUUGGGAACCUCCUCCUGAAUCUGCACAUAAGUGGAAGCAUAGCCCACCAGUUGUUCCCAAAUCUUUGCGGAUAUAUGAAUGUCAUGUAGGAAUUAGUGGUUCUGAUCCCAAAAUCGCCUCGUUCAAUGAUUUCACACAGAAGGUCCUUCCUCAUAUAAAAGAAGCUGGAUACAAUGCUAUUCAAUUGAUUGGAGUAGUUGAGCACAAAGAUUAUUACACUGUUGGCUACAGAGUGACAAAUUUCUUUGCUACUAGCAGCCGAUAUGGCACACCAGAUGAUUUCAAGAGCUUGGUUGACGAGGCUCAUGGACAAGGACUGCUAGUUUUUCUAGAAAUUGUCCAUUCAUAUGCAGCGGCAGAUGAGAUGGUUGGUUUGUCACUUUUUGAUGGUUCGAAUGACUGCUAUUUUCAUACAGGUAAACGAGGGCACCACAAACAUUGGGGUACAAAAAUGUUCAAGUACGGGGACAUUGACGUGCUGCAGUUUCUUCUCUCGAAUCUGAAUUGGUGGGUGACGGAAUAUCGCAUUGAUGGAUUCAAUUUUCAUUCGUUGUCAUCAAUGAUCUACACACACAAUGGCUUCGCUACUUUUACCGGCGACAUGGAAGAGUAUUGUAACCAAUACGUUGACAGGGAUGCUCUGUUGUAUCUAAUUCUAGCAAAUGACAUAUUGCACGCUAUUCAUCCUAAUGUGAUAACAAUUGCGGAAGAUGCAACACUUUUUCCUGGAUUAUGUGAACCAACUUUUCAAGGUGGAUUAGGGUUUGAUUACUUUGUGAAUAUCUCUGCAACUGAUAUGUGGUUGCAGUUCCUCAAGAACGUUCCUGAUCAUCAAUGGAGCAUGACUAAGAUGGUGAAAGUGUUGACAGCUGGUGGAAAAAAUGCCGAUAAAAUGCUUUUGUAUGCGGAGAAUCAUAACCAGUCCAUAUCGGGUGGGGAGUCAUUCGCAGAGAUUCUAUUUGGUGAAUCCAUGAAAUAUUCUUCAGACAAGGAAUUGAUCAGAGGAUUUUCACUGCACAAGAUUAUCAGGUUGAUUACCUUUACCAUCGGCGGUCAUGCUUACCUGAACUUCAUGGGCAAUGAAUUCGGCCAUCCAGAAAGGGUGGAGUUUCCCAUGCAGGCUAACAAAUACUCAUUUUCGCUUGCUAACCGUCAAUGGGAUCUGUUGGAAAAAAAUGAAAGGCAUCGAGAAUUGUUUCUAUUUGAUAAGGAUAUGAUGGAGAUGGAUAAAACUGAAAAUGUUAUUUCUAGAGGUUCUCCUGAUAUUCACCAUGUCAAUGACGAAACCAUGGUUAUAUCCUUCUCAAGAGGCCCCUAUAUCUUUUUAUUCAAUUUCCAUCCCACAAACUCUUAUGAGAACUACACAGUGGGUGUGGUAGAAGCUGGAGAAUAUAAAAUCAUAUUGAAUUCAGAUGAUAACAAAUAUGGUGGUGAAGAUGUAAUUGGAGAGCAGCGAUAUAUACAGAGAACCAUUAAUAAAAGGUUUUUUACCCGAAUGACGUACUUUUGUAAUUUAUGUUAAGGUAAUAAUCUAUUUUAUGUGCUGAUGAUUUG